GCACUUCCGGAGUCUCCGGGCAGCUUGGCGUGGUCCUCUGACUAAAACCUGUUACUUGACUCGCGUGCGCGAAGCCGCGCGCUUCUGUUUCUCGGCCUUAUGGCCGGGCUGACCCUGUUUGUGGGCCGCCUCCCGCCCUCGGCCCGCAGCGAGCAGCUGGAGGAGCUGUUCAGUCAGGUGGGGCCGGUGAAGCAGUGCUUCGUGGUGACUGAGAAAGGGAGUAAGGUAUGUCGAGGCUUCGGCUAUGUCACUUUUUCUAUGCUGGAAGAUGUUCAGAGGGCCCUCAAGGAGAUUACCACCUUCGAAGGCUGCAAGAUCACCGUGACUGUUGCCAAGAAAAAACUGAGAAAUAAGUCCAAGGAAAAGGUGAAAACUGAAAAUUCAAAGUCCCCAAAGAAGGAGCUGCAGCCUAAAAAAGCCAAAGUGGCAGAUAAGAAAGCCAGAUUAAUUAUUCGGAACCUGAGCUUUAAGUGUUCAGAAGAUGACUUGAAGACAGUAUUUGCUCAGUUUGGAGCUGUCCUGGAAGUAAACAUCCCUAGGAAACCAGAUGGAAAGAUGCGUGGUUUUGCUUUUGUUCAAUUCAAAAACCUCCUAGAAGCAGGAAAGGCUCUCAAAAGCAUGAACAUGAAAGAGAUAAAAGGGCGGACAGUGGCUGUGGACUGGGCUGUGGCAAAGGAUAAAUAUAAAAAUACACAGUCUGCCUCUGUCACAGGUGAGAAGAAGAGGCCUGAACCUAAAUGUCAGGAAUUAGGUCAAGAGAAUGGCAGGGAAGAAGAGGAUAUGGAGGAGGAGGAGAAUGAUGGUGGUUAUGAUGAUGACGAAGAUGAUGAAGAAGAGGAGGAGGACGAGGAGAAUAGAGAGUCGAAGCUGACCAAGCCUGUGCAAAUUCAGAAGAGAGCAGUCAAGAGGGCAGCACCUGCAGAAAGCAGUGAAGAGGAGCAUUCUGAUGACGACAGCGACCUGGAGGAAAGAGACAGCAUGGAUGGUGGAGAGGACCUGGCUCAGAGUGAUGCCGACACUGAAGAGCAAGAGGAGGGAGUCUCGAAAAAGAAGAAGAAGAGGAAAUUACCCUCUGAUGUGAAUGAAGGGAAAACUGUCUUUAUCAGAAACCUGUCCUUCGACUCAGAGGAAGAAGACCUUGGAGAGCUCCUCCAGCAGUUUGGAGAUCUUAAAUAUGUCCGCAUUGUCUUGCAUCCAGACACAGAGCAUUCUAAAGGUUGUGCAUUUGCCCAGUUCAUGACUCAAGAAGCGGCUCAGAAAUGCCUUGAAGCUGCUUCUCCAGAGACCGAGAGUGGUGGGCUUAAACUGGAUGGCCGGCAGCUUAAGGUUGACUUGGCAGUGACCCGUGAUGAGGCUGCAAAGCUCCGGACAAAGAAGGUGAAGAAGCCGACUGGGACCCGGAACCUCUAUCUGGCCCGAGAAGGCUUGAUUCGUGCUGGGACGAAGGCUGCAGAGGGUGUGAGUGCUGCUGAUAUGGCCAAAAGAGAACGAUUUGAGCUGCUGAAGCAUCAGAAACUCAAGGACCAGAAUAUCUUUGUCUCCCGGACCAGGCUGUGCCUGCACAAUCUCCCAAAGGCCGUGGAUGACAAACAGCUCAGAAAGCUGCUGCUGAAUGCCACUAGAGGGGAGAAGGGGGUGCGCAUCAAGGAGUGUCGGGUAAUGCGAGGCCUUAAAGGAGCUCAUGGGAAAAUUAACGGUCAGUCCUUGGGCUAUGCCUUUGCAGAGUUCCAGGAGCACGAGCAUGCCCUGGCAGCCCUACGCCACAUCAACAACAAUCCAGAAAUAUUUGGGCCUCAGAAGAGACCAAUAGUGGAGUUCUCUUUGGAAGAUCGAAGGAAACUUAAAAUAAAGGAACUGAGGAUCCAGCGCAGCCUGCAAAAAGUGAAAUCCAUGUUGGCAACUGGUGAGCAGCCCCAGCAAGAACAACCAGAGCUUGGGAAAAAACAGCAACAGAAAACAGCUCAGAACCACAUGCAUCAACAAAGCAAGGCACCCAUGGAGCAGAAGGAGAAGGCAGGAUCUGUCUCGUGGACAGGGUUCCAGACCAAGGCUGAAGUGGAGCACGUGGAGCUGUCUGAUGGGAAGAAGCGAAGAAAGGUCCUGGUGCUCCCCUCACACCGAGGCCCCAAAAUUAGGUUACGGGACAAAGGCAAAAUGAAGCCUCUCCCUCCCAAGAAGCCAAACCCCCAGAUAAACCACUGGAAGCAAGAGAAGCAGAAAUUAUCUUCCAAGCAGGUACCUAGGAAGAAAGCUAAGGGAAAUAAGACAGAAGUUCGCUUCAACCAGCUGGUUGAACAAUAUAAGCAGAAGUUAUUGGGACCUUCUAAAGGAGCUCCUCUUGCAAAGAGGAGCAAAUGGUUUGACAGUUGAUGAUGGUAGCAGACUGGCACCUCCUCCUGAGGACUCAAGAGAGGUGGUCGGUGGUGGAGAGAGCGGUGAGCAUGGCCAGAGAAAGAGCUGGAAAUACAGCACAAAGCUCUUAAUUCCCCAGUCCAGUCUGGUGCCAUAAUAAGUGAUGCUUUCUUCAGAACCAUUGCUGACCUAGGGAUAUGGCUAUUUCAUUGCAGUAUCUUGGGAAACCAAUGAAUGCUCAGAAAUGCCCUUAAUUGGUUUAAAGAUGGGUAAAAGAGAGACCAUGAAAAUACUGAAACCUUUUGGAGAGAACUAAAGUACAGAGGCUGUAUCUCCAGAGUUACCUUGAAACAGUGCAACUUGGGGAGUUUGAAAUGUUCUGGCAGCAGCUUGGCAACCCAUCAACCCUAGGAUGGCCUGUACUCUGUGAGGGAGUCAGACACUUUAUUAAAGGUGUAAAUAGAAGAUCCACAGCCUGCCUGGCCUCUGAUCUGUUUUCCCUUGGCCAGCUGUCUGCUCACCAGACACUUUUUCCCGUAGUGUACAAAUAUCUAUAAAUUAACAUUUAAAAAUAAUCUGAACAUUUAGGAUAGAUAAAAAUUGGGUUCAUUUCAGAUAGCUUUGCCAGAUUUUCUUAGAUCCAGAUUUUUCUUCUGACAGGUAUAGCAGCCCAGUAUGUUUAAAACAUCAUUCAGCUGCUCGAAGUUACUGCACAGUUCUUAUCUUUUUUUUUUGCCUUUAUUUUAUUUUAUUAAAUGAUGUUUGAAUCACUAAAUUAAAGAAUAUAUAUUGCUGAACAUU